CCGCCUACAUGUCCGCCGCCUAGGUCACCCGCCGCCUCGUGCGCCUCGCCCGCCUGUCCUCUUGCCUCGAGGAUUAAGGCCUCGCACCCUGCGUGCGCCAUUCCUAUUCCUCAUAGGGAAAAAACCUUAGUCUCCGCUAGCACACCAUCUUGGCUUCGUCCUGCGUGCGAAGCCGAUUCUCCCCUUACUCCGGAGCUCACUUCAGAACCAGUACCUGGAAAAGUCAAAGUCCCCCAGAUCGGGCUAUACGACGGAACAUCUGACCCUGACUCGCACCUCGGUCAUUAUACUUCUUGGAUGGAUUUGCAUGGGGCCUCAGAUGCACUUCGGUGUCGAAUGUUUUCGCUUACACUGGGGCCUCGGGCCCAAAAAUGGUACCAUUCCCUUCCUCCGCAUUCCAUUUGGAAAUGGCAACAAUUGAGGUCGGCUUUUCGAUCUCAUUUCAUCGGAGCUCAAGUAUGCCUUAUCCCAAAAGAAUCUCUUGCGAAUAUCACUAAAAAAGACGAUGAAAGUGUCAAGGAUUAUAUUGCCCGAUUCAAUGACCGAGUUCAGAAUAUGGAACCUUGUCAUCCUGAAACCUUGCUUGUCAUGGAUAUUGCUGGAUUGAAACCAAAUUCGAUUUUCCGCUGGACACUAUGCCAAAAUAAACCGAAUACUUUUCAAGAAUUUCUCGCUCGAGCCCAGCAGCACAUCAUAGCGGAAGAAGCCAUAAAAUUUUAUCGUAAUACUGAUCCCCAGAGGCGAGGUCCGGGACGCCAUAUCGAACCCUUUGAUGAAGACAAUGAGGAGGACCGAGGUACCAUGCCAAAGCGCAUCCGACAAGGGGACAAGGAAGUAUUCAUGUUCACCUCGGAAACAUCUGAUUCUAACUCUGCUGAAGCCUCCCGAGGGCGUAAACGAGAUCGGUCUCCUGAACCGAUUCAAAUCACAGUCCACCGUGUCAACACCAAUAACUCCCGGAGUACAUUAUCUCGUCGACAGGUCAAGGCUUAUGCCCGACAAGCGCACAACUCUGGCAAACAGGUCUAUACUACCGAUUUGAGAGAUAUUAUCAACAAUCGGAACUGCCCCAUAACCUUUAAUAUGGAAGAUGCUAAUCAUUUCGCACACCCUCAUUCCGAUGCGCUUGUUAUCACCGUCCCUAUAUGCGGAAUUCCAGUUCACCGCGUCAUGGUGGAUACUAGGGCCUAUUCGAGCAUUUUGAUGUUAAAGGCUUUUGACAAAAUGGGCCUUGAUCCCGCCGAAAUCCGACCUUGCAACGAUCAAAUACAAGGGUUCAACGGCAGUAUGUCAAAGCCUAUCGGCGAGAUCACUUUACCUGUCAGAUUCGGCACUUCGGAGAAUGUCACCAAACUCGUCAUGGAAACUUUCAAGGUUAUGGAUAUCAAUAAUGAGUACAAUGCCAUCAUUGGCAGAACAGCAUUGUAUAAACUUCGAGCCGCAGUUUCGAUUUUUCACUAUGCUCUGAAGUUCCCGACUACACGAAGAGAAGGGACACACUUCGGAGAUCAAAGAGAAGCUCGAGAACUUGUUACGUUUAUUCCCUCCAAUGGAAUCCACUCAACUUCAAUGG